CUGGAGGCGGAGCUGGAGCUGACCCCACUGGAGGAGCUGGCAGACCCCGGCCCGGCACAGCCAGAGCACCAGCAGCAGCUAGUGUUGGGGAAGCUGCUCUCACAGCUUCUGUUUGCUGCUGCCACGCACCUUCUGCCGGGGUCUCAACAUGGAGCACGGUGCCUCCUCCGUACCUGGUGCGUUGCCAUACUACGUGGCUUUCUCCCAGCUGCUGGGCCUCACCGUGGUGGCUGUGACUGGUGCGUGGCUGGGUCUCUACCGAGGUGGUAUUGCCUGGGAAAGCUCUCUGCAGUUUAACGUGCACCCGCUCUGCAUGGUCAUAGGCAUGAUCUUCCUACAAGGAGAUGCUCUGCUGGUGUACCGUGUCUUCAGAAAAGAAGCCAAACGCACGACCAAGAUCCUGCAUGGACUGCUCCAUGUUGCUGCCUUCAUCAUCGCCCUGGUGGGCUUGGUGGCCGUGUUCGACUACCACAAGAAGAAGGGCUAUGCUGACCUGUACAGCUUGCACAGCUGGUGUGGGCUCACAGUCUUUAUUCUGUACUUUGUGCAGUGGCUCAUGGGUUUCAGCUUCUUCCUGUUCCCCGGAGCUUCGUUCUCUCUGCGGAGCCGUUACCGCCCCCAGCACAUCUUCUUCGGUGCCGUCAUAUUCCUCCUUUCUGUGGGCACAGCCCUCCUGGGCCUGAAGGAGGCCCUGCUCUUCAAACUCGGGACCAAGUACAGCACGUUUGAACCUGAGGGGCUCCUGGCCAACAUGCUGGGCCUGCUGCUGGUCUGUUUUGGGGUGGUUGUGCUCUACAUCUUGGCUCAAGCUGACUGGAAGCGGCCUUCCCAGGCUGAAGAGCAAGCCCUCUCCAUGGACUUCAAGACCCUGACAGAGGGAGACAGCCCCAGUCCCCAGUGAUGGCCUUGGGUGGUCCUCCUGGUUCUGUGGGUUCCCAGAUGUCUUUCUGUUCCUCCGUGCAGAACCUGAGUCUUUAGGUCCGGGAGUGCGGGUCAUCAAUGUUAGUUUAGUGGGGUUCCAUGUUUUGGGGUUGUCCUCUGCUUUCCCUUUCUCGCUUGUGGCUUUUGAUGCAUCCUGUGAGCCCUGUGUAGGCCCUGCCUGUACCCGCUGUUGCCCUUUCACAUGCAGAAAGCUUAGUCAGGGGUUCUGGGGGUCAAGCCUGGUCUUGAUCCUUAGGGGAGCUCCACCCUCCAGGCAGCAGAUGGCUGGGGCUGGGCCUGAGGAACUGGCAUGGAAAGCCAAGACUGUUGCUUGUGUAUUCAACCCUGGAGUCCCAGCAGUUCGGGAAGCACGUGUCCUUGGCAGUAGAGCAAGUGAUAUUAUGUGUAAAGUAUGCUGGUGUUCAGAAUAAGGUCCCCCAGAAGGGCUGAGUAUGUCCCGAAGGAGCCCUGCCAUGUGGUUUGGCCACAGUCGCAGAUCUUUCUGUUCUUUAAUCCCUAAAUAGGCUUUUCAGGGAAGGGGUUAGGUGCUCAGAAUGCAGGUAUGUACCUGCCCUGGUGGACAAGGAGGGCAGGCUGCUGGCGGUGAGGGGCCUCCUGACCUCCAGCUGCCCUGACAGUUCCUCCCUCCAACAGGUUCUGAGCCUGCCCAGGCUGGCCUGCAGAAGGAAACCAGGGCUCAGCCUGCUGUUUGUCUUGCUCUCCAGGGGGCUGCUGGGGUGCCUGGCUUGGCUGGAGCAUUACUGUCCUCCCACACCCGGGUCUAUCUUCGCAGGACAACAGGACUGGGGUAGAGGAAUGGGUUUUGUCCCCUGUGGUGUCUGCACACAGCCAACCCCCACUGCGUUGUGUUGUUAGCUGAGUCACUGUUUGGCUUGAGUCUAGAAAUAAUGUGAUUAGAGCAUUGAUCUCAUGCUUCUUGGGCUUGGCACAGGCUCUCUCUCCUCUCCAGGAGCCUCACGGUUUGUGACAGACACGGUUAACUUAACAACGGGAAAUGAGCAGUUUCUGAACCUGACAAUUUCUUUAGGUCAACAGGCUGGUCUUCUGUCAGAUUUCUAAGAACUAUGCUUCAGGUGAUGUUUCUUUCCCCAGCUGGGGUGGAGCCCCUCUCCCUGGGGCUGCCCAUCACCCUGGCCUCCUCUUGUAUCUUUCCAGUUGCCAGGAUGAUGAGGUUUCCCUCCAGUGUCGACUGCAUCUGCUGCAAGGAUAGGGAUCUUAUCAAUUCUUUCAUCAGCCGGCACACUUGUAUAGUCAAAUGUUUACAUGUGGGAGACUGGUCCUUAGACAGAGCACUGAGUACCAUUGUGAAUCUCCCUUGCCAGACUACACAGAAAAUGACAACUUCGAGAGCCUGUAAACUAGUCUUUUUGCCAAAGUGUGUGAUGCAUGACUAAGGACCAAAGAAGGCCCCUAGCAGAUGUGUGCGGUUUCUUCUGUUUGCCUGUGGCUGUCUCCUGUGACGUACAGAGUGUUGUUGGUGCAACAGAUGAAUCAAUAAAUGUCUACAGCAGA